ACAGUUCAAACAAUUGAUCAUCUGUGGACUUAAAGACCUGUACGGAGAGGUGAGCACAUAGUUGGAGCUUCUUUUCCAUUUGAUUUGCUUAAGUAUGAUCAGAACAAACUGACCGGGAUACUGAGAGUGUACAACAGCGGGCUGGUGAAAUUGUGGAGCGCAUUAACGUUACUGGGAUCAUAUCAGAAUGAGGCUUGUGCAUUCAGAGUCCUGCAGGUGUCGCCGUUUUUACUAGCAUUGUCUGGGAAUAGCCGUGAGCUGCAGUUUGGAGACCAACUGACACUGUGAGGUGGGCCUACAAAAAAUACCUUGGAAAAAAUGACAUUUUUUCUCAGAAGAAUUAUAUUCAGCAGGAAUAUAUACCAUUUUUUCAACUCAGCAUUGACAGUUCCUGCAACUCUGACAGUAGGGCACAGGUCGCUUUACGUGGGUGAACGGGCCUCGCUAAACAAAACAUUCAGUGCCAGAGAUGUCGCACUUUUUGCUGAGCUGACAGGGGACACAAAUCCUCUCCACCUCAACCCCGAAUAUGCCAAAACAACCUCUUUCGAGUCCCCCAUUGUUCACGGAGUGCUGAUUAAUGGUCUGAUCUCAGCAGUUUUGGGGACCAAGCUGCCCGGCAAAGGCUGCGUGUUUCUCUACCAGGAAAUACGCUUUCCGGCACCCCUCUACAUCGGAGAGGAGGUUGUGGCGGAAGCGGAGGUCAAAAAGAUUAAAAUGUCCUUCGCUUUUAUUUCUGUUUCCUGCUCUGUCAAAGACAAGGUGGUCAUGGAGGGAGAGGUCAUGGUCAUGAUGCCACAAGACGCACAACAAUCAUGAGGAAUCUGAAUGAAUGCUGUUGUUCAGUUGUUUAUGUGCUCCCAGGAAUUAAAUGGUCUUUCUUAGACAAUAGAUUAAAUAUUCCUUGUUUUCUGUUCUCUGAGAAGCUGUUUGAAUAAUAGUGUCUUACAAAAAUAAACAGCUUUUUGACUUCA